AUCCAAUUAUUAUUAAAGUAUUGUAGUGGUUAAAGACACGGUAGGAGAAGAAAACUGUGGCCAACUUUCAGUGUGUAAAAUGUAAAUGCCAAUGAGUGAUAGGCUAUAAUUCUCAUCAGUCUCCCACUUGGAGUCCGCAUUACAAAUACUUAUUGACCCUCUAUACUAUCGAAUAAGCACAGUUUCCUGUCUGGAAACUCACUCUUUUGCUUCAGAGAGUCCAGAACCCCAGAAAACACACAAACAUGCAGUUUUUAAUGCGCCUGGAAAGAGAAAAGAGACAAAAUGUACACUGUCCGCUCCUACUCUCAGUCUCUUUCAUUCUUUUCUAAUCUUAGACCUGAACUAUGACAGCUGCUGAAGCCAUUUUUCAUUCCAGAAAUAUCUAUGGAAAAUAUCAUUAGUUUCUUGUCUCAGCUUCUUUUGCAUUGUCAGAGAAGCAAGAGAUCUUUCUAUGCUUUGAUUUCUCUUCUUUUGCUUUGUCUUUUAGCUUACAAUAGUGCUGCUAUAUUCUGUAUCCACGUCCCUUUCCCUGCAAGAAUUCCGCCGGGGCCGGUGAGUUUCGUGCCGGAAAAUGUCACUGGAGAGUCAAGAAUGUAUACUUCGGUGCAGUCUUCAAGAACACUGCCUUCUGCGGUGCUACAGUCAGUGAAAGAAGAGAGCUCGAGCGCAAAAUUCAACACCCGUUUCCCCCUUCUGAGUAAGAACCAAAACCUGGUGGUUUUCACGAACAGAACCUCCAUGCAUCACCAGAAACGAAGGAAAAAGCACUGGCCCCAUGUAAAGAUUCUGGGGUCUGAAGAUACGAAGCUGUUUGAAGCCAGAGUGAUGAGGUUUUUCACACAGAAUUCGUCGGAUUCUUGGUGUAAGUUUCGGUUUUUUAUGACUUGGAUUUCGUCAGUGGAGUCUUUUGGUGAUAGAGAGUUGUGCUCCGUGGAAAGUUUGUUUAAAGCGCAUCCAAAUGGCUGCUUGAUCAUCGUUUCCAGCUCACUGGAUUCAAGAAAGGGGAUGCAAAUUUUCAGACCCUUUUUAGAGAAGGGGUUUAAGGUGACUGCAAUCUCUCCUGACUUCAAUUAUUUGUUCAAGGGCACUGCUGCUCAAGGUUGGUACAACCAGUUAAAGCGUGGAAAUGUGGAUCCUGGAGAGGUUUCUUUAGGCCAAAACCUCUCAAAUUUGCUUCGGAUGGGAUUGCUUUACAGGUUUGGAGGCACUUAUGUAGACACCGAUGUUAUAGUUUUGAAGAGUUUUGUGGGGCUCAGGAAUGUGAUUGGAGCUCAGACUAUCGAUCUUGCUACAGGAAAUUGGAGCAGGUUGAACAACGCUGUGAUGAUCUUCGAUGAGGGUCAUCCACUGCUUCACAAGUUCAUUGAAGAAUUCGCACUCACAUUUGAUGGAAAUAAAUGGGGUCAUAAUGGACCCUACUUGGUUUCAAGAGUAGUUUCAAGGCUGAGUUGGAAAUCUGGAUACAACAUCACAGUGUUGCCGCCUAUGGCGUUUUAUCCAGUGGAUUGGAGUAAAAUCGGAAGCCUUUUUAAGGGACCUCAGAGUUUGAAUCACUCGAAAUGGUUGAUUGCAAAGCUCAGGCAAAUUCAGAGCCAGAGCUUUGCUCUUCAUCUCUGGAACAAACAGAGCAGGCGGCUUAAGGUUGAACACGGAAGUAUCAUUGAAAACAUAAUGUUCAGUUCUCGCGUGAUACCCCAUCAGUCGUCCUUGCAGAAUUCCGAUGAUAGGAAGAGGAUAUUAAAGGUGUGAAUGUUUUUUACUUUAUUUUUUUAAAUGUUAAGUGAUGGAUCAACUCAGUCAACUAGUCAUAGAAAAGUUGACAGAUAAUUCCCUUCUGACAACAUUUUAGAUCAAUUCUUGUCAUACUGGUUCUUGUUUUGUAUGUAUUUGUGGUGUAUGCAUCUGAAUAGCAAAUUGGACAGAGCAGUUGGCAAACAACUUAA